GGGAGAAGAAGAUGAAACAUGGAAAGAAACAUAGGGCUGAGGUGGCAAAAAGCUUGCCUGAAUGGGAACGCAAGUUUAUGGCUUACAAAGCGUUGAAGAAGAAAGUGAAGCUGAUAAACCCCCAUUCAAAUGGAAAGAAAAGGUCAAGAUCAGGCAGUGGAAAAUUUUCAGAUGGGAAUUUACCAACAGAUGACAUGGGCUUCAUCCUGUUAUUAGACAGGGAACUCGAUAAGAUCAAUACGUUUUUCAUUGACAAAGAGGAAGAUUACGUCAUCAGAUUCAGGGAGCUGGAAAUCAGGGCUGAAAACUUGAACGACAAUGAAGAAAUGUUGGAAGUGCAGAAGGAAAUUUUGGAUUUUCAUUCAGAGAUGGUGAUGCUGCUCCAUUACAGUGUCAUUAACUUUGCAGGCUUGAUCAAGAUUGUCAAGAAGCACAAAAAGCGAACAGGUGGUUCUGUUUACUCGUUUUCUAUGCCAAGGGUUCUGCAACAGCCAUUCUUCUCUACUGAUUUGCUUUACAAUCUCAUCAAGGGAUGUGAAGCAAUACUUGACCGUCUCUCUCCCGGGAAUGAUCCUUAAGGCAAAUCCGAUUGAGCCAUUGGAGACAAUCAUCAGAGGAAGAAAGUCAAUAUAUUUCUUGACUUUGUUUUGCAGUUGAAAGCUCCUUAAUGCCAAUCCGAUUGCCAUUGAAGACAAUCAUCAGUGGAAGAAAGUCAAUAUAUGUUUGUGAUUUUCUUGACUUUGCUUUGCAGUUGAAAACUCUUUUU